CUUCCUCGCCCGCCGCUACCUCGUGUUCGGCAUCACCGGCUUCGUGCUCUUCUCGCUCUUCCUGCGCACGCUCUACGUGCGGCGCGAGCCCCCCGCCCCGCUCCCCGUCCCGCACCUCGAUCCCAAGGACCAGACCCCCGCGGAGCGCUGGCCGGGCAUGCGCCUGCCGCCGCUGUACCCGCAGUACCUCCAGCACGAGCACCGGCUGCCACAGCACCGCUGGGACGCGCCGUCGCAUGUGGGGGAGCCCAAUAUGUUCUGGAUCCCGGGGCAUAGUGCGGGCUCCGGGUGGGGUAACAUCAUGCAGGAGAUCCUCCUCAACGCCUUUCUCUCCUACAAAGCGAACCGCGCAUUCGUGUUUUACAACUACACAUGGAACUCGGACCUCUCGCAGGACUACUCCGACUACAGCGGCAAGCCGAUCCCGUCCCGCGUCCCCCUAAGCGCGCUCAUCCGAGGUCCGAUCGUGGGUGGAGUAUGGCCCUCUGGCGUUAACGCCCCUCUCGCAGUGUCAGAAGAAUACUGGCAUCACGCCUGCGAAGGCCGCAAGGUCGUAGUCCCACGCGCAGACGUCCACGACCACGUCUCGACGUGGUUCGUCGACGCGAUCACCACCGGCUGGGUUAACAAGCUGCACUCGCUCGACCACGAGCAGUGCAUCGAGGCGGGCGGGGACGGCGGCCCGCCCUAUACCUGGGUCACAUUCGGCGAAAAGGACGCAAUGCCCGGAAUCUGGCCCGAAUUCCGCACAUCGCCCAUCCUAACGCACUUCGCGCACUCCGCGCUCGUCGAGCUCGCCUUCGACACAAACCGCGAAGUCUUCUCCCCCUCCACCAUCGCCGAGCCGCCCCUCUCCGCCGCGCCGCUCUCCCUCCCCGCCGCACAGCGCUACCCGGAGCUCCCCGGGCUGCUCGUCCUGCACAUCCGGCGCGGCGACUACGAGGGCCACUGCGCGCACCUCGCGCGCUGGUCCUCGACCUACCUCGCGUACAACACGCUCCCCGAGCUCCCCGACCGCUUCGACCCGCCCCCGGGCGGCGCGUGGGGCGAGAACACGCCCGAGAACGUCGCGGUGUACAUGCAGCACUGCUUCCCGGACAUCGAGCAGAUCGUGCGGCGCGUCGAGGACGUCGCGCAGACGGACGCCGCGCGCGGGCUCGAGCACGUGUACAUCAUGACGAACGGCGCGGUGUCGUGGGUGGAGGAGCUCAAGGCGGCGCUGGGCGCGUCGGGCCGGUGGAAGAACGUCGCGAGCAGCCGCGAUUUGGUGCUCAAUUGGGAGCAGAAGUACAUCGCGCAGGCGGUGGACAUGCUCAUCGGCCAGCGCGCGCAGGUCUUCAUCGGCAACGGGUGGUCAAGUCUGACAGGCAACGCCGUCGUGAUGCGCAUGGCAAACGGAUUCCGCCCAGACAGCACACGGUUCUGGUGAAGACACAAUACCCGCCAUCUUGGUCAAGUUUUCCGCGUCACGCCAAAAACGAUCGAAGGCCGCUUUGGGGCGCUCCGCCCGGCCCUCUCAUGGAUAUACCACCCCACGAUAUAGAGCGCGGGCUCUACGCCAGUCAUUUGGGCUGGCGCUGCUCUGGGCAUGACCUAACGUAAUUAUGCGAGGGCAUGUAUAGAUAUAGCACACUAUAAUAUGCUGCUGUUACAGGGACGCCUCGGGAUGUAAUGGGAGCGGUUCAUGAU